AUGCACUCCAUCUUCCUCAAGGUGGAGAGGGGUCUCAACGAGUUGUUUGGAGGCGAGAAACACUCGCACACUCAUGGAGACGAGUGCAACCAUGCACACCCAGACUCCCACACCACCAACCGCUACCAGUCGUUCGCGCCGCAGACAUCGGGACAGCCCAAGUGGUAUGUCGACGGAUGCUCCUACUUUUGGGCCGUGUCCGAGGCACUUGAGCGAGCCCGCGAGAGCAUCUAUAUCCUAGACUGGUGGUUGAGCCCGGAGUUGUAUCUUCGCCGGCCUCCCGCUCGCAAUGAGCAGUACCGGUUGGACAACAUGCUCAAGGCUGCCGCCGAGAGGGGCGUUCAGAUCAGGGUCGUUGUCUACAAGGAGGUCCCUCAGGCUUUGACCUUGAACUCGGAGCAUACGAAACAUGCAUUGGAAGCACUACAUCCCAACAUCAAGGUGUUCAGACACCCAGACCACCACCCAAGUGGCCAUGAGCUUCAAGAGGACCUUGCAGCUGGCUUCAAGGACAUGUCGCUGAGAGCCUUCGACCUCUCCAAGUUCUCCCAGGACGCACUGAAGUCCCUCUACGGUACCAGCGACGACGUGGUUUUGUUCUGGGCUCACCACGAGAAGCUCUGUGUUAUCGAUGAUCAGAUCGCGUUCAUGGGUGGUCUAGAUAUGUGCUUCGGUAGAUGGGAUACUCAGAGCCACCCUAUUGCUGAUGCCCACCCUGGCAACUUGGACGCUAUUAUCUUCCCUGGCCAGGACUACAACAAUGCUCGUAUUUAUGACUUUGAGGACGUGAACAAAUGGGAGAAUAACAAGCUCGACCGAACAACGAGCUCGAGGAUGGGCUGGUCCGACAUCAGUAUCAGCCUGACCGGUCCCAUCGUCAGCAGUCUAGCAAUUCAUUUUGUCGAUCGAUGGAACUACAUCUACAGCCAGAAAUACUCUACUCGUGAUGAGGGAAAGUACCAGUCGCUUCAACCGCCGCCAUCCCACGCCCCUCCGCACCGCAGCCUCGGCGGCAGCGAUGGGGAGUUCUUCGGCGGGAUCCACCACCACUUCUCCCGGCGCAUGCGUAGGUUCAUUGGCGCUGAUGACGACGACGAGCAAUCCCGCGAACCUCUUGAAGCCGGGGAGGGCGGUGCCCACAUUCAACUUACGAGAAGUUGCUGCGAGUGGUCUUCUGGUCACCCGACUGAGCACUCUAUAGCUAAUGCCUAUAUUGAUGCGAUCACCAAUGCCCAGCACUUUGUGUACAUCGAGAAUCAGUUCUUCAUCACAGCUACCAGUGCGGAGCAGCACCCAGUUGCCAACAAGAUUGGUCGUGCUAUCGUCGACCGUGUCAAGCGUGCGCACGAGAACAACGAGGCUUUCAAGAUCAUCGUCAUCAUGCCCGCCGUGCCGGCCUUUGCGGGUGACCUCAAGUCCGACGGUGCCCUCGGCACUCGGGCCAUUAUGGAGUUCCAAUACAACAGUAUCAGCCGCGGGGGUUACAGCAUCCUCGAGACCCUGAAGAAAGAGGGCGUUCCGGAUCCAAGGAUCUAUGUCAACUUUUACAACCUGCGCAACUACGACCGCAUCAACACCUCUUCGACCAUGGGUGAGGCUGAGCGCGUGAGCGGCGUCCCGUACGAGGCCGCUCGCCGCGAGUUUGACGAUGCCGUCGAGUCGGGAUACGAUGGAUACAGCCGUCAAGAGACCGAGGGCCAUCUCGGCUCCCAGUACCGCCGAUACCAGGAGGCGGCUUCUCAUCUGCAGGACGACACCUGGGACUCGAUUGCGGCCUGCUACAUGGCCAACAGCCCACGGCUGGACGAGAUGCCGUGGCAGGGCACUCCGGAGUCCGAACUAGACGCCUUCGUGUCGGAGGAGCUCUACAUCCACUCCAAGGUCCUCAUCGCCGACGACCGCCUCGUCAUCUGCGGCUCGGCCAACCUCAACGACCGCAGCCAGCUCGGCAACCACGACUCGGAGAUCGCCGUCGUCAUCGAGGACCCGAGCCCCGUCGACUCGGCCAUGGCGGGCCAGCCCUACACGGCGUCGCGCUUCGCCGCCUCGCUGCGCCGCCAGCUCUUCCGCAAGCACCUCGGCCUCCUGCCGCACCAGGCCUGCGACCAGCCGGGCGACAACUGGUCGCCCUACGCGGCGGGCGGCGCCAACCAGUACGACUGGGGCAGCCGCGAGGACCGGCUCGUGGCGGACCCGCUGUCGGACGGGUUCCGGGCGCUGUGGGAGCGGACGGCGCGGACCAACACCGAGGUCUUCUCCAGGGCGUUCCACAACGUGCCCAACGACGCCGUGCGCACGUGGGAGCAGUACGACGACUUCUUCUCGCGGCGCUUCGUCCUGCCCGGCGCGGACGACGAGGAGCGGGCGGAGGCGGCGCGGCUGGGCAAGGUCGACUACGGGCACGUCGUGCGCGACGAGUUCCCCGGCGGGGUGCACGAGGUCAAGGAGUGGCUCGGCCGGGUGCGCGGCACGCUCGUGGAGAUGCCGCUGGACUUCCUCGUCGAGGUGGACGACAUCGCCAAGGAGGGCCUAUCGCUAAACGCUAUCACGGACGAGUUGUAUACCUAA